GCUCAUUACCCAGCAUGCAGCGGGGGAUUUAACACCAAGAUGGCUGACACUAUGGAGGAAUAUGAGAAAGGCGCUGGCAGCGUCCCGAUCCUGCACCCCGAGGAAAUCAAGACUCAGGGUCAUUACAAUCAUGGUUACAGCACUGAAUCCGUGGGACGGAAAAGCCACAUGGACGACUAUAGUACAUGGGACAUUGUCAAAGCCACACAGUAUGGAAUCUACGAGCGCUGCAGAGAGCUGGUGGAGGCAGGCUACGAUGUGCGACAGCCUGACAAAGAGAAUGUUACUCUGCUUCACUGGGCUGCCAUCAACAACCGGAUAGAUCUAGUGAAGUUCUACAUAUCUAAAGGUGCUAUUGUGGAUCAACUUGGAGGUGAUUUAAACUCCACUCCUCUUCAUUGGGCAACUAGACAGGGGCAUCUCUCCAUGGUGGUCCAGUUGAUGAAAUAUGGCGCUGACCCCUCACUUAUAGAUGGAGAAGGCUGCAGCUGUAUUCACCUAGCCGCCCAGUUUGGACAUACCUCAAUUGUGGCAUAUCUUAUAGCGAAGGGGCAGGAUGUAGAUAUGAUGGAUCAGAAUGGCAUGACUCCAUUAAUGUGGGCAGCUUACCGGACACACAGUGUAGACCCCACAAGACUGCUCCUCACGUUUAAUGUGUCCGUUAAUCUCGGCGAUAAAUACCACAAGAACACUGCGUUACACUGGGCUGUUUUGGCUGGAAAUACAACAGUCAUUAGUUUGCUCCUUGACGCCGGUGCCAACGUUGAUGCACAAAAUAUUAAGGGAGAAUCUCCACUUGAUCUAGCAAAACAGAGAAAAAAUGUCUGGAUGAUUAACCAUUUACAAGAAGCCAGACAAGCCAAAGGCUAUGAUAAUCCCUCAUUCCUGAAAAAGCUCAAGGCAGACAAGGAAUUUCGGCAAAAAGUAAUGCUGGGAACACCAUUCCUGGUGAUUUGGUUGGUUGGGUUCAUUGCUGAUCUUGAUAUUGAUUCCUGGUUAAUCAAAGGACUCAUGUAUGGUGGAGUUUGGGCAAUGGUGCAGUUUUUGUCAAAGUCUUUCUUUGAUCACUCAAUGCACAGUGCUCUUCCACUUGGGAUAUACCUGGCAACUAAGUUUUGGAUGUACGUUACCUGGUUCUUCUGGUUCUGGAAUGAUCUGAACUUUUUCUUCAUCCACCUUCCAUUUUUGGCGAACAGUGUUGCACUGCUUUACAAUUUUGGUAAAUCCUGGAAAUCUGAUCCAGGCAUUAUCAAGGCCACAGAAGAACAAAAGAAAAAGACAAUAGUAGAGCUUGCUGAGACCGGCAGCCUGGACCUGAGCAUAUUCUGCAGUACCUGUUUGAUCAGAAAACCAGUGAGGUCUAAGCACUGUGGGAUUUGCAAUCGGUGCAUAGCGAAGUUUGACCACCACUGUCCUUGGGUUGGCAACUGUGUAGGUUCAGGAAACCAUCGCUAUUUCAUGGGUUACCUGUUCUUCCUGCUCUGCAUGAUCUGCUGGAUGAUCUUUGGCUGCAUUUCCUAUUGGGGAAUACACUGUGACACGACAUACAGUAAAGAUGGAUUCUGGACAUAUGUGACCCAGAUUGCUACCUGUUCACCUUGGAUGUUCUGGAUGUUCCUCAACAGUGUGUUUCACUUAAUGUGGGUUGCUGUGUUAUUGAUGUGUCAGAUGUACCAGAUAUCAUGUCUGGGAAUUACUACAAAUGAGCGGAUGAAUGCAAGGAGGUACAAACACUUCAAAGUCACAACCACGUCUAUUGAAAGCCCUUUCAACCAUGGAUGUAUCAGAAAUAUCAUAGACUUCUUUGAAUUCCGAUGCUGCGGCCUCUUCCGCCCUGUAACAGUGGACUGGACAAGGCAAUACACAAUAGAGUAUGAACAGACGUCAGGCUCAGGUUAUCAGCUGGUGUAGUCUCCGCACAAGCGCCACUCUGACAUGAUCCAAUAUGGGUGGUACCUGAAGAUGUCUGUAUGUCUCUCGCGAAAACUUGCCCCUUGAACUAUAGCAUGCUGUUUGUAGGGCUAUUGAUAAAUCUUACAGUACCUUCUCUGUCAGCAUUUUAUCAACCACAGUGACCAUGGACAGGACCUUCUGCCCGCACUGAUAUAGAGAAAGAAGAUCUGGGGGGAGGAUUUUAAUUGAUCCUUGCGUUUGGAAAUCUUUUGAACAGCCGUGAAUCUGCAAUCUGUGUUUUUGUUUUGUGUAUUUUUUUACAUGAUAAUUUAUUUUGCACCAUUCACAAGUAAGCAUGGCAUUGCUCUCUCGACUAGCUUCAGUCUUGGUCUGCUUGAGCAGAAUCUAGUCCUUGCCCCUUUCUUUCUAAAUACACCCAGUGGAGUGAGACUUUCUAGUACACCGUCAUGAUUCCCUAAUGUGGCCUGGCUUCAUCUACAAUACUGUGGCAUUGAAUUCCUGUAAUGUGAUCUCCCAGUCGUGCUCUAUCCUAGUGUAACUGAAAAUGUGAAUCUAGAUGCUGGGCUGAAGAAUCGUACACUUCUUUGGGCCGUUCAGCCUUUGGCGGGUUAACGUGAUGAAAUGGGCACGUGACGAUCUUAAACGCAAGAAAUGAAUGUAUGUUGCCUACAUUGUAUGACUGUCGGCAGUCCUUGCCAUGUGUUUCUGGAUCUUGGAGAUCUGCUGACAAAGUUUUUCCCUUUCUGAAGUCGAGCAGUCCUCAGCAGUUGCAUGCAAGUAAUCUUCUAUAGGAUCUUAAGGAAACUCUCGUAAAUCGCCAAAUUCUGCUUGUUCAGAGACUGGAUACUGUGCCCACGUCCUGGACAAAGCCCCUUUCACACUGACGAGACAGCACUGGAUAUGGAUGUGGAGCCAAAGAAAAUACGGUUGUUGUGUUUUAUUUUGUUUUUGUUUGUUUUUCCCAUUUUGUUUCUGUUUGUGCAAUUUAGAUUGUGUUACUCUGUGUUAGUCUUGGGGAGGGGGGAUAGAACCAUUUAAAGGCACAUAAAUAUAUUACUGGAUGCUUUGUCAUAGCGUCACUUUAUAGUAGUGCAGCUCCAAAAAUAUCUGCUGUGCGCUAAUUUAUUAGGUCAGUCACCUGUAAUAUAGACACAUGCAUCUGUGAGGUUCAGAAACAUCUUUAAGAUAGAUUUCAGUUCUCUUUCUGGUGUACGUUUUCUGUAAGUAAUCUCUAACAGAUUUUUUUUUAUUUCAGUAGCACAAAAUUAGGGAAUUCUACAUAUCGUGGCCGAUGUACAGACUGUAUGGACAUGUUGAUCCUUAUGACAGUGGUAUACAGUAAUGUCACUCCAUAUGUAUAUUUUUUGACUGGUUUUAAUGGUAAAAGACUAAAUAUUUCACCAGUGAUGUAUGUGUUCAUUUUUGAAUGUAUACGCAUUUCCUGACGUGUCUGUUUCACAAAAUAACUUUAUUCCCCAAGCAGUUGCAAUUCUGGAGCAUCUGUUGUUCCGUUCCUAAAUUAUUACUGCUAGAAUUUUAUAAACCCCUUCCCGAAAAAUGAUGUAACAGUACGUAAGUAUUGCAAUUUGAUUUAUUCAUGUGCAUGACUCAAGAGCCCUCACCAUCCACAGUGGGUGUCAAUUCAGCGAGCUGCAAUGGCUGGAACCACUUACCUCCGAUCCUGGCCGUUUAACCCCUAAAUGUCAUGACUCUGGUAUCUAAGUAGUUUGACAGAUAAAGGGGGUCAAUUGGGGUGACGAUGGUUGCUAUGGCAGGCUCACUUGCUUGCCAUAGAAGCACACUUGUUAAGCCGUGCCAGAGGCUUGGCCUGACAGAUUGUUGGUUUGAAUAACAGGUCACGAUUUAGUGUACAGAGUAUACCAAAGCAUUAUAGAAGCAAUCAAAUGAUUGGAUUGUGAACACCCCUAGUGGGACUAGAAAUAAGUUAAAGUUUAGAAAGAUUUUGUAAAAGUUUAAAUAUAAUUGUUUAAAUUUUAACAAGACUUCAAAAUAGGAAAAAAUAUUUGCAUUUUUAAAAUAAAUGUUGAAAUGGCUAUUUCUGUUCUACCCCCUUUCCCCAAACAAUGAUAAACGCUAAUCAGUAAUUUAUAUGUACCCCAAAAUAGUUCGAUUAAGACUUAUUUCACAACAAACAAGUCCAUAUACAACUACAGUAUAUUCAUUUAUUUUACUCUCUUAUAUAGCGCUACUAUAUACCGCAGCGCUUUACAGAGAUUAUCAUCACUCGCUGUCUCCAAUGGAGCUCGCCAACUAAGUUCCCUAUUAGUAUGUCUGGAAACCCAUGCAAACUCCAUGCAGAUGUUGUCCUUGGUCGGAUUUUUCCAUGCAUUGUGGUUUCAUUGUGCAAAAGUAGUCAAACCUUUAUAGUGCCAUGUUCAUAUCAAUCCAUAGAAUAAAGGCAUCAUGCUGUAUGGUGACUGGCACCAAAU